GUGCGAUGUUGGCGCGGGUGCUUCGGCGGUGUAUCUCGAUCAAGAGCUCCCGGUUGACGCCAGAAGAGAUUGUGGCCAAGACAAAACGGCCCUUGAAGCCAACUAGCGCGCUGUCGCUGCCUCUUUCAAAGACAACAAAAGGUCGGAAAGGACCAGCGGCCGUCCACAUGAAGGCCAGCGUCGAUGACCUUGUCGACACCACGUCGGCUCCCAUGCGUUUGGCCAAGCGAAUGGCGAUGGCUGGUAUUAGCUCCCGCCGUGAAGCCGAGAAAAUUAUCUUGGACGGCCGCGUUGUCGUCAACGGCAGCAGGGUGACGCAAGUUGCCCAUAACGUAACCUUUGACGACGUUGUGACUGUCGACAAUAAGACGUUACCUGCCCGCCCGUCCAAGCGCCGCGUUUGGAUUGCCCACAAGUUACCUGGGGAAUUGGUCACGUCCAGCGACCCCCGCGGUCGUCCGACCAUCAUGCAGCGCCUCAAGGCCAUGGGUUUCGACACGCACGUGAUGGCCGUGGGCCGUCUCGACUACAACACAGAAGGUCUGCUGCUCCUUACGAAUGAUGGCGACUAUGCCAGGUUCCUCGAACACCCCAAGCACUCAGUCCAACGAGUGUAUCGCGUGCUCGUGUGGGGACAGGUCUUGCCUUCAAAGCUGGACGAACUUCGACGUGGCGCGUUGGUUGACGGCGUCAAGUACCGCCCGAUGGAGGUGAAGAUCGAGUCCACGACAAAAGACAAGGAAACUUGGCUCCAGGUCAAGCUCACCGAAGGAAAAGUACGUGACAAACUGGUGAAAUUGCGUUUGACGGCAAUUCUUGUGGCGCUGUAGAACCGAGAGAUUCGAAAAGCGAUGGCUCAUGUGCGCCUUGUGCUCAAGCGCCUCAUCCGCGUUGAAUACGGCCCGUAUCGCCUCGCCGACCUCGACAAAGGCAACGUCCUGGAAGUGCAACCAAAGUCUGUCGUCGAGUAGUGUAUACAGGCGCGACACUACGUUGAAUCUACAAUUUUCGUUCCAGUGGAAUUCCCGCAUCAUGCGUCCGAUGCUGCAAGACUGCUGAUCAUUU